ACUUAAAAUGGAAUUUUUUUGACGAAGUCCUUAGAGUGUAUACAAACCCCACACGGCCACACCCAGAUCAAUAUUAGAGAGUAUACUUACUCUUGCAGAAAAUUGAUCAUAAACUACUUGAAAGACGACGUCGUUGAGUAGUUCAUGCGUGGCUUUCUUCUGCAAUUGAAUUUCACGCUGCGAACAAGAAGAAGAAAAUGUCAUCACUGUUUAUGAGAUUAACAAGGUCAAAUGACUUAUGCAUUUUCUCUAUUGGGAAAGAUUCUUAAGAUGGGUUAUCAGCCGAAUAUCGUAACCUUGAAUACCCUUAUCAAAGGUCUUUGUCUUAAUAAUGAGGUUCAGAAAGCAUUGUACUUUCAUGAUGAUCUUAUCGCUAAGGGAUUUCAGUUGGACCAUGUUAGUUACGGGACAUUUGAUCAAUGGGUUGUGUAAAAUGGGACAUACAACACCUGCCCUCCAACUGUUGACAAGACUCGAAAAAGGAUCAGUAAAGCCUGAUGUGAUGAUGUAUAAUACAAUCAUUGAUAGCAUGUGCAAAGAUAAGCUUGUAGAUGAUGCUUGUCAAUUAUUUUCUGAAAUGGUUAUCAAGGGUAUUUCGCCUACUGUUGUCACUUAUAGUGCUCUAAUCUAUGGUUUUUGUAUUGUCAGUCAAUUAAAACAAGAUAGGAAUGCCAACAAUCGAAUGCUACAAAUGCGUAAUACUCCUUCCAUUAUUGAAUUUACCAAGAUUUUAGGUUCUCUUGUUAAAACUAAGAACAAUUACUCAACUGUUAUUUCCCUUUCUCACCAAAUGGAAUUCCAUGGAAUUAGGUCUGACAUUUUCACUAUUACAAUUUUGAUCAAUUGUUACUGUCAUAUAGGUCAAAUGACUUGUGCAUUUUCUCUAUUGGGAAAGAUUCUUAAGAUGGGUUAUCAGCUGGAUGUAGUAACCGUGAAUACCCUUAUCAAAGGUCUUUGUCUUAAUAAUGAGGUUCAGAAAGCAUUGUACUUUCAUGAUGAUCUUAUCGCUAAGAGUGUGUUUGGAUGA